AUGAAAGAGAAUCCUCCGACAAGAAGAGGCAUUCUAUCGACUGUGUCUGCUGUGUUUGAUCCACUUGGAUUAAUUGGUCCCUACAUUUUACAGGGGAAGCGAAUCCUCCAGAAUGUCUGCGCAGAAGUAAAGGACUGGGACGAACCGUUAAAUGACGAUACAAUCCAACAUUGGAUAUCUUGGAAAGAGCAACUUCGGUACCUCAGCAACAUUAAAAUUAGUAGAUGCUAUAAGGCACCUAAUGCAACUGGAAAGGUGUCUUCUGUUGAACUUCACCACUUUAGUGAUGCAUCCACUUCAGGAUAUGGUCAGUGUUCGUACCUAAGACUAGUGCACGAAGAUGGGACUGUAAGAGUAUCACUUGUCAUGAGCAAAUGCAGAGUAACACCCUUAAAAAGAAUGACAAUACCGAGGCUAGAGUUAACGGCAGCCAUGGUAUCUGCAAGGAUAGCAAGGAUUCUAAGAGAAGAGCUGAAAUAUCCCAAUCUAGUUGAGCCCUUUUGGUCAGAUAGUAAGGUGGCACUAGGCUAUAUAAGCAAUGAGUCCAGACGCUUUCAUGUUUUUGUGGCCAACAGAGUACAAACUAUCCAUAAUCUCAGCGAGCCAACCCAGUGGCACUACAUUGCCUCUGAAGAAAACCCAGCAGACAUCGCCUCACGUGGCAGCUCUGUAGAGGAAUUGUUGGAUUGUGAUCUAUGGUGGCAAGGGCCUAAGUUCCUCAGUGAGCUGAUUUACAAAAUCGAAGAUUAUCCACCAGAACCAAUACAUGAUACAGAUGUUGAAGUAAAGAGGGUAAGAGUUCAGGCCACCCAUGUUAGUGUACAAACGAUUCCAGAGAUGUUAAAGCGAUACUCCAGCUGGAGCCGAGCAAGCAGAGUUCUUGCUCUAUGUAUUGUUUUCUCAUACAAAUGCAGAAGUUGGAAAAUAAGUGGAGAUCUCACAACUCAGGACAUUGACAGAGCCAAGAAACUAAUGGUAAAAGCUACUCAGCAUAACCAAUAUAAGGAACUUGAUAAGUUGACCCGGCUAGAUCCUGUGGUGGACCAAGAUGGCCUUAUUAGG